GGGUAGUUUAUAAUACAAACUGCACCACUCCGAAAGCGAUGCGCAAACUUCAAGGCAGUUACCAAGGUGCCUUUGAGUCAGUCCCUCCUGGCCAGAGGCUCGGCUCGGUGGACCAGAAACGAAACGUAACUGGAUCCCCGCCCCCAGCGCUGCGAGGCAGUUUCGGUUUCCAGGCACUGGCCCUGGCGGCUUGUCCCUAGGGUGCCUCCUAGGAAAACCUCCGCCGCGCUCAAAUCCGAGGCGACUUUUGGGGAGCCAGGGCGCUCAUCGCUCGCGGGGAGCCACAGAAUGACAGCUGAACAGCGGCAGAAUCUGCAAGCGUUCAGAGACUAUGUCAGGAAGACUCUGGACCCCACCUACAUCCUCAGCUACAUGGGUCCCUGGCUCCAGGAUGAGGAGGUCCAGUUCAUCCAGGCUGAGAAAAACAACAAGGGCCCCAUGGAAGCUGCCUCCCUGUUCCUCCAGUACCUGCUGCAGCUGCAGACGGAAGGCUGGUUCCGGGCCUUUUUGGAUGCCCUAUACAAUGCAGGUUACUGUGGACUUUAUGAAGCCAUCGAAAGUUGGGAUUUCCAAAAACUUGAAAAGUUGGAGGAACACAGAUUACUUCUACAGCGUUUACAGCCAGAAUUUAAGACCAGAAUCAACCCAACAGAUAUCCUUCCUGAAUUGUCUGAAUGCUUGAUUAAUCAGGAAUGUGAAGAAAUCAGACAGAUCUGCUUCACCAAAGGGAUGAUGGCGGGUGCGGAGAAGAUGGUUGAAUGUCUUCUCAGAUCGGAUAAGGAGAACUGGCCCAAGGUUUUGAAAUUUGCUUUGGAGAAAGAAAACAACACGUUCAGUGAACUGUGGAUUGUUGAAGGUUUCAAAAGUGUCGAAAGUAAAGCUAUUGAAGAUGAUGAAAUGGAGAUGUCCAGUAUACAGAUUUUUAUACAAGAGGAGCCAGAAUGCCAGGUUCUCAGUCAGAAUCCCUGCACACCUUCAGAAGCAUCUUCUAAUAAUUUUAAUGGUCCGUUGAAACCAAGAAAUUACCAACUGGAGCUUGCUCUGCCUGCUGAGAAAGGGAAAAAUACAAUAAUAUGUGCUCCUACUGGUUGUGGGAAAACCUUUGUGUCACUUCUUAUAUGUGAGCAUCAUCUGAAAACAUCACCACAUGGACGAAAAGGGAAAGUGGUCUUUUUUGCUAAUCAAAUUCCUGUGUAUGAACAGCAGGCAACUGUGUUCUCACGCUAUUUUGAAAGACUUGGGUACAGCGUAGCGGGCGUUUCUGGGGCAACGGCUGAUAAUGUCUCAGUGAAGGACAUUAUCGAGAACAAAGACAUCAUCAUCCUCACACCCCAGAUUCUUGUGAACAGUCUCAACGAUGGAACCAUCCCCUCACUGUCUGUCUUCACCUUGAUGAUCUUUGAUGAAUGCCAUAACACCAGUAAAAACCACCCGUACAAUCAGAUCAUGUUCCGAUACCUAGAUCACAAACUCGGAGGGUCGCCAGGCCCACUGCCUCAGGUCGUCGGGCUGACUGCCUCGGUGGGUGUCGGAGACGCCAAAACCGUACGGGAAGCCGUGCUGCAUAUCUGCAAACUCUGCGCCGCCCUUGACACGUCCGUGAUCGCCACGGUCAGAGACAACGUGGAGGAACUGGAGCAGGUUGUUUAUAAACCCCAGAAAUUUUUCAGAAAGGUGGAGUCACGGACUACCAACACAUUUAAGUCCAUCUUAGCUCAGCUGAUGAAGGAGACAGAGGAACUGGCAAAGAAUGUCUCCGAGGAACUCGGAAAAUUAUUUCAGAUUCAAAACCGAGAAUUUGGCACGCAGAGAUACGAACAGUGGAUCGUUGCAGUUCACAAAGCGUGCAUGGUGUUUCAGCUGCCAGACAAGGAGAAGGAGAGCAGCAUUUGCAGAGCGCUCUUUCUGUACACGUCCCAUUUGCGGAAAUACAAUGAUGCUCUCAUCAUCAGUGAGGAUGCCCAGAUGAAAGAUGCUCUUAAUUACCUCAAAGCCUUCUUCCGUGAUGUCAAAGAAGCAGCAUUUGAUGAGACUGAGCAAGAUCUUACGCGGAGGUUUGAAGAAAAGCUGGAGGAACUAGAAAAAAUUUCCACGGAUCCCAGCAACGAGAAUCCUAAACUCAGAGACCUCUACCUGAUCUUACAAGAAGAGUACCACCUAAAGCCGGAGACCAAAACCAUUCUUUUCGUGAAAACCAGAGCACUUGUGGAUGCUUUAAAGAAAUGGAUUGAAGAAAAUCCUGCACUCAGCUUUCUACAGCCUGGCAUAUUGACUGGACGUGGCAAAACAAACCAGGCAACAGGAAUGACACUCCCGGCACAGAAGUGUGCGCUGGAAGCGUUCCGAGCCAGUGGAGAUAACAACAUCCUGAUUGCUACCUCGGUCGCUGACGAAGGCAUUGACAUUGCUCAGUGCAACCUGGUCAUCCUGUACGAGUAUGUGGGCAAUGUCAUCAAAAUGAUCCAAACCAGAGGCAGGGGAAGAGCAAGAGACAGCAAGUGCUUCCUCCUGACCAGCAAUGCUGAUGUCAUUGAGAAGGAAAAGGUGAACAUGUUCAAGGAAAAAAUAAUGAAUGAAUCCAUUUCAAUGCUUCAGACAUGGGAUGAAAUGAAAUUUGAGAAAACAGUUCAACGUAUACAGUUGGAUGAAAAAUUCAUCAGAGAUAGUCAACGCAAGCCUCAACCGGCCCCUGAUAAGGAAAAUAAGAAACUGCUGUGUGGGAAAUGCAAGGCCUUUGCGUGCUACACGGCUGACAUCCGAGUGGUGGAGAAAUCCCACUACACUGUGCUUGGAAAUGGCUUUAAGGAGUGCUUUGUGUCUAAGCCACACCCUAAACCAAAGAUCUAUGACAGCUUUGAGAAGAAAGCAAAGAUAUUCUGUGCCAUACAGAAGUGCUGCCACGACUGGGGGAUCCAUGUGAGAUAUAAGACGUUCGAGAUUCCGGUCAUAAAAAUCGAAAGUUUUGUGGUGGAAGAUAUCGCAAGUGGAGUUCAGAGGCGGUACGCAAAGUGGAAGGACUUUCAUUUUGAAAGAAUACAGUUUGAUCCUGCAGAAAUGCCCAAUUGAAAAGCCAGGUGGUGGUGGCACACGCCUUUAAUCCCUUAAUCCCAGCAUUCGGGAGGCAGAGGCAGGCGGGUCUCUGUGAGUUUGAGGCCAGCCUGGUCUACAAGAGCUAGUUCCAGGACAGCCUCCAAAGCUACAGAGAAACCCUGUCUCGAAAAACCAAAAAGGAAAAAAAAAAAAGGAAUGCCCAAAUGAUCUCGGAGCUCCUGAGUCUUGCAGUCCAGGGAGCAAUGAUGACCCAAUCCUGUCUUACACAAGCCUUCACCGUGUGGAAUGCCAGAUAACCUGACGUUUGUUCCAAGCAAUUCUCGUCCACACAAAGCACGUGCGCAUGACCUGCGGCACGGAAUACUUUGGUCACCAGUAACUCAUAGCAUGUGGCAGUGUGUGUUAAAAACUUCCCUUUUAGAACUUUUCAGAACUGCCCUACACCACUCACUACAUCGGGACCCAUGAUGGAUGAAGUGCCUGCCACAAGCUGGCUUUGCCCUUAACAAUCUACUGAAUUCUGACUCUGUUCAUUUCAAGGCCACCAGAGAGACGGCCAAGUCCACUGGGUACUUCUGAUUCUUGCUCUGGACUCUUGUCCUCACAUUCUGUCACUCACGUUCUGACACAAGUAUAGGUGACUGCGAGGUUCAGUAUGCACACGUGUGUGUCCUGAAGUGACAUAUACCUCUAAAAUUUAGAACACUAUAGCAGACAGCUAAGAAGGUGCCUCUGUUCUGCUCCUUUGCUGUGCAUCUCACUCUAAGAUCUGUCCUAACUGGGGCUGUUUCCCCUCCUUGACUAGACAUCUCAAACCAUGCUCCCUCCCCCCGCACCGCCUCUCUCUUCCCUUGAGACAGGAUCUCCCUGUAGACCAGAAACUAGAUCUGUGGACCAGGCUGGCCUUGAAUUCACAGUUCCCCUCAUCUCCCUGGUGCUGACUUAUGUAAUUACAGACUUAUGUAAUCAAACUCGGCUCUACCUAUUUUCAAUAAAGGCUAAUGCUUACUUAA